UCAAAAUGGUAGGAGGACGGGUCGUAGCAUUGAAUUCAAAAUUUGUAUUUGUUUUUUUAGCAAUAAUAACUUUUAAUAUUCGUGAGUUUUUGCAAGCAAAAGAUGCAGCUGAAAAUAAUGAGAGCGAGCUCUCGAUAACUGUAGGGCCUGGGAAGACAGAAUGUUUUUAUCAAUUUGCUAAGGAAGAUGAUGUUAUAGAAAUUGAAUAUCAGGUGCUUGAUGCAACUUUCGGAGAUAUAGAAUUAAGACGUGAACUAAACAUCAACUUUUUUCUAAGAUCUCCUACUAACAGAGAAAUCAUCUCUGACUUUAUGAAAGCUGAUGCUGUACAUAGGCAUGAGGUAAAAGAGAGAGGAGACUAUAAGAUUUGUUUUGACAACACAAACAGCAGGUUUUCAACUAAAUCUGUUUACUUUGAAAUUUUUGUGGACUCAGAGGAAGAGGAUCGAUGGGAUAAUCUGGAUGUCGUUUAUCCACCAGAAUUAAUAUAUAAUGAUACAAUAGAAGACAUCAAGAGCUCUAUGGACAAAGUACGUGAUAAUUUAAUCAAGGUAAAACAUUUUCAAGACCAAAUGAGAGCUACUGAGGCACGAGAUCGGAAUGUUCAAGAACACAACUUUUCGCAGGUGAACACCUUUUCAAUCAUCAUCAUUUCUGUCAUGCUGAUUGUUGGCGCUGUGCAAGUGCUGAUGGUUCGAAGUUUGUUUGAGGAGAAAAGUAAACUGCACAAGAUAUUCAAAAUUCUUUCAUGACAAAAAAAAAAGAAUUACUUCUGUUCUGAGUAACCAGAAAAAUGAACUGAGAAAAGUUAGUUGAAAACAAUCUGACAAAACCCAUGACUUAAGCCAAUUGGAUCUAGUCGUAUCCCUUGCAGUCUAGUGCCUUUUAUUGAUGUGUACUCCAAACAGUUGUAGUGUACCCUUAUUUGUUGCUGCUUGCCAGUAUCCACAAAUAUAGUUCCAAAGAAUAUUCUUUUAUACAAACAUUGCUAAUAGAAUUUCCAUCAUUAAUUACAGGUGUAUUUGUUUUUUAUAAUUCAUGUAUUGGCAUUAUUUUACUUUGUAUAUGACAAAUAGCUACAUGCACUUAUUAUGUUUGGUAUUUUGAAUGUUCCAAAGCAUCUACUCUACAUUACUGUUAAAUUUAUUUUUGUGACAUAAUUCAACAUUUGUUCAAAUAUAUAUAUAUAUAUAUCAUGCAUAUGAUCAAAUGAUAAAAAAAGCAAUAACCAAUUAUACUAUGAUUAUAUGUAUCAAUUUUAUGUAAACUAGCUUAUGAUUCAGCUAAUAAAUGUCCAGAAACCAAAGAAUUUUAUGUAAUAUAAGAUUUUACCCAAUUUGAAUAUCCAGGGUUUUUAAGGUGUUUACAAACAAUGGAAGUUGCACUCAAUGUCAAUAAGAAAGUUGAUUUACUAGUUAAACUGAAAAUCGUAUAAGUAUACAUGGUUCCCACGAGUCAGGGAAAAGUUGGUGAAUUUUAUAUUUUGCAUUCCUGGCCCAGGAAUUAUCGGGGAAUUUCACUGAUUCAUUGAUGCUUGUAAGGUAUGGAAGACGAGUAAUGUGGUGUCAAAAAUUGCAUACAGGUUAAUCCUGUCACAUUUAGCAUGUCAUUGUGCAAAUUUUAUGCAUAAACAUUGUUUUGCCUAAAUUAAUUUUUUUAUUUACUGUUAAGUGUCAUGGAGUAUGAAAGCAGCUGUAAUAGAUUACAUAAACAGUAGCAAGCUUCACACAUAAAUAGUGUGUAAGGGCUUUGGACAAAGCUUCAUUUCAUCUUCCUAAAAACUAGGUCAUGGAGGAUUGCUUUACAACAAAAUAAAAGCCUUAACAAAUUACUGUUCAUAGUUAGGUUGUUUCCAUUAAAUAAAUUAUUUUGAAUGUACAAAUCUUAGUGCAUUAAUAAAACAGUCUCCAGUAGUCAUGGAAGGAACAUGUAAUACCGAGGAUAUGUUACAUUAUUGAAAUUUGAGUAGGAAAGAUAUAAAAAUGAAACUUAGUUUAUUUUGAUGAAGCCUCCAAGUUACAAAGAUAGAACUAAUCUACAGUUUUGAUGAGUUAUUAUUUGUAUUUGAUGUCUGUGCUUAUAUAUAUGUAAUUAAUUGUCAAAAAUAAUUAUAACAAAUAGUAAAUUAUCAGUAAUUUUGUUUUAACUCAUUAUAAAUAUACAUCACUAAGCAUUGCCUGUUGUACACGACAUCAUGAUGCAUAAUACAGCUUAGGCAGGGGGUGUUGACCUGCGAUAUCUCCAAGAGACAAUUAGAAUAUUGCCAGAUGCAGUUAAGGAAAACCUGUAUAAAGCAAAAUAUGGAUGGCAAUGUAUAAUAUCAAUAAAUUGAAGGUAAUGACAAGUUUUGGAAAAAAAAUCUAAUGAAAAUAAGAUUGAAAUAUAGAAUGUUUCAUUAACAGUAACUAAUGAUAUGGCACACGGAAGGAUUUCCAAGAAUACAGCACUAUUUGUUAUCCAUGUAUCUUUGUAGAAACAGUUGAAAUUGCAUCAAUGAAUAUAUAAUUUAAUGAAUACAUCAUACUUACCUAGUAAUUAUAAUUUAUUGAGUAAAUCAUGUUUAUCCAGUAAUUUAUAAUUUAAGUUACUGGAUAUUUGAGUAUUAUGUUAGGAAAAUUUACUGUUUGUCAAGCAACAAACAAGAUGUUAGGGACAGGAAACAAUAAAGAUGAGCAUACAUAGCUUGAGUGAAUUGGAUUAAUAGUUUUAGUAUUGUUUCAAAACUAUGGACUUUCAGACUAUGGUAUGCUCCUGAGAUCAAGAUAAUUAUUAAGGAAAUCGUGUGGUGUUAGUGUGAUAGAAGAUGGGUGAUGUGUUGGUGUUUGUCAUUGUGUCGAGUCCAAGAGCCAUACCAGAAUGAAAAUAUAUUGAGUAAUUCCAGUAAAAGUUUUACUUAGCAGCAGUUUCUACUUAAUGUAAUAAGCAACAUUAUGUAAGGCCAAAAUGAAAAACUUGACACAUGAGCAGUUUAAUACUUUAAUGCAAUACCAUUGUCUUUGACAGAUAAGUUUGCAUACAGCAACAUUCGUGUCUGCGACAGUUAACCAUAGCCUCUCUACAAAUAUGAUCGUACAUUACGAUGACAUAGAAAUAUAAUGCAACUAUAACUGACAUGGAUGUUUUAUCAAUAGUUCUGAUUCCUACAUAAAGUUUCCUGUAUGUAUAAUUAGAAUUUACAACUUAGUUUUUUGUAAAUAUAAUCUGACGAAUAUAGAUGAACUUGAUACUCACAGAUUUACAGCACGUGCAAAAAUAAUACAGUGUGCUCUGGAUCAGUGAAUGAUUUUAUUAACGUGUGCAGUUGUUUUAUAAAUAUUGAAGAUAUGAAAUUACUGCAGUGUAUGUUUAACAACUGAACGUUUUGGGCAUGUAAGCACAUCAGAAAAUAUUGCUACAAGAAAUAUUUGACAUAUGAAAAGUAUACUUGUUAAAGUAUAUUCCAUUUUACAACAGUUAACAUGUUCCUUCCUUGUAUUAAAAGGUGAAAUGUAACAAGUACAAAUAUUAAAUUCUUAUGCUACAGUUGCAUUUUUGUGACUUAAAAUUUAAAAAUAUGAUUAGUAAGCAUAAUCAUGAACAAAUGGAUAAACUGCCUUUGUUGUGUUUGACUAAUCAAACUGAAGCUUUGCUGACAUUUAAGCAGACUGUGGCUAUUGAUACACAACCUGUUCGACUUUAUUCGAUAAUAAAUUAAUGUUUUUCAAUUUCACGCAUUAUUAUAGGUAGUAGUUCAAUAACACAUUAUUAUAGGUAGUAGUUCAAUAACACAUUAAAAGUGUAUAUCAAUUGGUUAGAGAAUAACAUACUAUGGUCAGGAAAAAGUCAGGGAAUUUUGUUCUGUCCAAGGUGUGGGAACCAUGAAUAAUUAAAGAAAACAUUUUUCAUUAACAUUUUUGUUAAAAAAAAGAGGAUUCAAAACUUAGCAAUUCGUGUGGCAUCCUUAUGCUUAAAGUUGGUCUUGUAAUAUAAUGUAUGACAGGUAGAAUGUAUUAUAGUGAAGUUAUUCAGUUACUGAAUAUAAAAUAUUAGUUGAAUUAUA